CGCUGCCGUGCUCGCAGGGGUCCGGAUCCAACUGCCGAGCCAGCCCACCACCAACCCCCAGCUCGCGCCACGAAACCCUCGCCGGCGGCGGCGGCAGCGGCGAUGGCCUCCGCCCUCCUCGCCGGCCGGCGCGGGCCCCACCACCACCACCAGCAACAACACUGGGGGGAGAAUCGCGCCCCGCUCGCGCCCAGCCCUAACCCCCCCUCACGCGCCGACAACAGCUCCAAGGCGCCGCCGCCGCAGGCGUCCCCGUCCCCCGGCUACCUGACGUUCAAGCCGUCCGAGCUGGCCCACCGCGAGGCUGCCGCGCUCCGGGGUCGCCUCGCGGGCGAGCUCGGCCAGGUCCGCGCCCUCCUCUCCCGCAUCGACGCGUUGCAGCAGGAACAGCAGCAGCAGCAGCAGCAGCGGGAGGAGCCGAGCCAGCGGAAGGACCUCCGCCCGCCGCCCCCCGCGAAGCUCCGGGUGGCGAUGCGGAAGCGGUGCGCGCAGAUCCUGGCCAGGCUGCAGAAGGACAAGCGGAGCAUCUGGUUCAACGCGCCCGUGGAGGUCGAGCGCCUCGGCCUCCACGACUACCACGCCGUCAUCAAGAGCCCCAUGGAUCUCGGCACCGUCAGGGCCAGACUCGCCGCCAAGGCCUACCCUUCCCACGACGCCUUCGCCGCCGACGUCCGGCUCACGUUCUCCAACGCGCUGCGGUACAACCCUGCCGGGCACGACGUCCACAUCUUCGCUGGCGACCUCCUCGCGUCGUUCGAGAAGAUGUACAGGGCGGCCGUCUCUUGGUUCGAGGAGGAAUGCAAGCGCCUUGCACCGCCACCGCCGAUGCCAGUGGCAGCGGAAUUGCCGCCGCCGCCUGUGGUUGUUCCAGCACAGGUCAAGCCGAGGGCGGCGAGAAUGCGGAAACCGAAGGCGAGGGAGCCCAACAAGAGGGAGAUGAGCUUGGAUGAGAAGAACAUGCUUCGGGAGGGGCUGGAGAGCUUGCCUGAGGAGAAGAUGCAUAAUGUGCUGCAGAUUGUGCGGAAGAGGAAUGUAAAUCCGGCGCUUCUUGGGGAUGAGAUUGAGCUGGAUAUUGAUGAAAUGGACAUCGAGACACAGUGGGAGCUUGAUCGAUUCGUCAACAACUUCAACAAGGCGCUCAACAAGAGCCGACGAGCUGCGAUGAUGAAUGGGGAUGGCGCUGUGGUUAACAAUGCUACCGUGACUGAAGCUGUGAAUGGUGAUGUGCUUACAUUGGUUGACAAUGCUGAUGCGGAGAGUGAGAAUCCUGAGAAGAGCACUUUAGUGACAGAACAGGUGGAUGAGUAUGUAGAUAUCGAGGAUGAGAUACCAACUGCGACUUACCAAUCGGUGGAGAUUGCUGAGGCCACAAAUGUAUCUGGUGGUUUGGGCAGUGGCUUCUCGUCUUCAAGCGGUUCGGAUUCAGGGAGCUCAGGGGAUGGCGUCUCAGAAGCUGGCAGUGCUCGUUCUGUGGAGUAAAGAGGUCGUUCUAACAGUAGGUUUUGUGUAGGUGGAUGCUGUGAGUACUUGUUUCUGAGAUGUGCAAUGUUUCUUGGAUUUAGUUAACGUAGUUCCUAGUAGAUGGGCUGGCUCUGUGGGUAUCUGAUAGCUCAGCUGGAAUUCUGGAUCAUGUAUAUAUAAGUAAAAAGUAGAAGACACUGGGGCGUGUAGUAUCUGGCCUUCUGACCUGAAGGUGGUUCUUGUAUCGGUGUGUUUUCCGUAGUGCAGCUAUUCUGUACGUAAUUUGAUCUUUGUUAUGCAUGACGCAACUAUGGAAUCGGAUUAAGAAGAUAUUGGAAUCCUAUC